AUGGCGACACAAGAUGCACAACCAAUUGCGAGGACCAAAAAGACUUCAAGCAUUUCACUCGCUCCAGUCAACAAGAAUAACGUUGGGACUUUGCGAAAACUCCUGCGCGUUUCAAUCUCAGCCCUCACAAGCUAUCGACUGACAUCAGUGAUUCUGCCUGUGAUAUACACGGAUCGCUUCUUCACGGAAGUACUUCUCCCAGAGACGGAAGAAUACUGCCAACUUGUGUACUAUAAUGACAUCCCAGUUGGUACCGUCUGCUCCAGAAUUGAGACAGACGAGAGCCACAAGGAAGCAAAACUGUAUAUUAUGACCAUGGGGGUCUUGGCGCCUUAUCGCUCACUUGGUCUUGGAACGCACGCGCUCAAGCACGUCUUGAACGCUGCAUCGACAUCAACAGCCAAGCCGUACAUCAAAGCGAUCUAUCUCCACGUCCAAAUCAAUAAUGAAGCUGCUAAGCGCUUCUAUGAACGUAAUGGAUUCAAGGAGGUUGGCGUCGUAGAAAACUAUUACAAAAAAAUUGAGCCGAGAGCCGCAUGGGUCAUGGAGUGGACUGCCCCUCCGAGGCCAGCUGAAGCCGAAAAGACAGAAAAGUCAGACGAGAAACAGCCCGCAAAGGCUCAAGGCAAAGGCGGCAAGAAACGAAGAUGA